GCUGUAGGUACUUACUGGUUUUGGUCGGUCAGAGUUUGUCAGUUCGGUCAGAUUAUUACUAAGCCACUGGUUUUAAAUCGGUGAUCCAAACUUUGCUUUUUUAAAAAAAGUAUAUUUUUAGUUAGUGGCGGUCUUUUCGAAUUUUGACAGAUUCUGAAGCUCUUUACUCACCGAAAAUUACUAAAAAACAAGGUUGACUAUAAAGUAGUAACUUAAAGGUUAUCUCCCGGCAAGGCAAGCAAGCCAAGCAUACCGCAUUGUAUUGCAUCAACACUUCGGCUCGAAGGCAAGGUCACCUUCAAGCGUUCAAUAAGUAGGUGUGUAUAGUGUUCAGUAUGAGUGGAGAACCUCAAGCCAAACGCCCGAAAAUGAGUGAACUGGAGCAAUUGAAGCAAUAUUGUACUGUAGUAGCAGAUACUGGAGAUUUUGAAGCAAUGAAAGCAUACAAACCAACAGAUGCUACUACAAAUCCAAGUCUCAUUUUAUCAGCAGCUGCUAUGGAGCAGUACCAACAUCUCCUAGACAAGGCUAUCAAAUAUGGAAAGGAAAGUGGCAGUACUGUCGAAGAGCAAGUUGCAGAGACACUUGAUAUGUUGAGUGUUUUGUUUGGCUGUGAAAUUCUCAAAAUUAUUCCUGGGAGAGUGUCAGUUGAAGUAGAUGCAAGAUUAUCUUUUGAUAAGGAUGCCAGCAUCGCAAAAGCAAUUAAAUUAAUCAAUAUGUUUGCUGAAUAUGGAGUUAAAAAGGACAGAAUAUUAAUUAAAUUGGCAUCCACAUGGGAAGGUAUUCAAGCUGCAAGGGAGUUGGAGAAAAAACAUGGAAUUCAUUGCAAUUUGACUUUAUUGUUCUCACUGUACCAGGCAAUUGCUUGUGCGGAAGCUAAUGUUACGCUCAUCUCCCCUUUUGUUGGAAGAAUAUUGGAUUGGUAUGUGGAACACACCAAAAAAACGUAUGAGGCUAAAGAGGAUCCUGGCGUAGUGUCUGUUACGCGGGUGUUCAACUAUUAUAAAAAGUUCGGAUACAAGACUCAGGUUAUGGGUGCGUCGUUCCGUAAUACGGGGGAAAUCCGGGAACUGGCGGGCUGCGAUCUGCUAACCAUAAGCCCCAAGCUGUUGCAAGAAUUGGCUAAUAGCGACCAGCCGCUUAAAAAAGUACUUGACCCUAAACUCGCCGCACAAAGCGACAUUGAAAAAAUAUCCCUGACUGAGGCCCAAUUCCGUUGGCAUCUGAAUGAAGACCAGAUGGCCACCGACAAACUCUCCGACGGUAUAAGAAAAUUCGCCGCUGACACCAGAAAACUGGAGUCACUCAUCAAGACUCUUCUGGCUAAGAAGUAAUUCAGAAAAUAGAAUUAAGGACAAAAGUGGUUUCAAGACUAAGUUGUACUUACAUAACUAUUUAUAUAAGUACUUUUGUGUUUGCAGAUUUUUCCAGUACAUAAUAUGUGUAAAACAUCAAGAAUAUUAACAAUGUAUUAUAUUUCAUUAAUAUGUUUGCACAUUUAUUGUAAUGUCAAAUUUAUAUUGUGUAGGUAUUUGUUUGAAUUCGUAUCCCAAAGUGUUAUGCAAUUCUAUUAACACUGCGUUAAGCAUAGCGGAUUUUUAAAAAUAUAACAAUACUGCGUAAUGUUCUAUUACCUACUUAUAAGUAUUAAUAUUUUUUCCAUUGGCAGCAUAUUUAAUGUAAUAUUUUUGAUAUUUUUACAACUUGUUGCUGUUGAUAAAUGAUGUACAUAUGGUCACAUACAUCAAGUCACAUAUUUGCUACUAAAAUAAUUUGUACAACUUUUCAUAAAACGGGACCACAAAAAUCAUUCCAAAUUUUUUUAUAUUUCAUUAUUUUGUUAUAUGGGAAAGGUACAUAUAUUUAUUGUAUUUCCUUACAACUGUUUCAUUAAAAUAAAAAAGUAA